AUGCGAAAUCCAAUGCUUUCGCUGAUUUCCCUACUAGUGCUAGUAAAGGUAGUCUCGACCGAUGUCGCUGGAAAACACGCAGUGGCCAUUCGUGGUCAAUUGAUGUGUGGUGGAGUACCCGCCGAAAACGUGAAAGUUCGCUUAUUUCGAGUCAAACAGCAAAAGAAGGAUGAUAUUUGUUCACUCUUAUUUGGCACAUCUGUUGGUGUUCUCUUGAUGACUCAUUUAUUUACCGGAAACCCGGGUGUUUUUUCUUAUGAAGAUGGUUGUUUAAUUGAUGACAAAAUGUACGCUAAGAAUGGUUAUCGCAAAUUUAACUACAACAUUCCGGCAGAAUAUGUGGCGAUGGGCGCAAAACCGAAAAAGACUUAUGAUUUUGGAACACUAAAUAUACAGGUAAUUACGCUCUUAAAUACAUUCAGUGCUUGUGAUCGAGAAUAUGGCAUUGUACUGAACUUUGGUUGUCAUAUCUAAAA